CCAAUCAAAUGAAAGUAAAGCAGCAAAAAGAAGCGAAAGCUGUUAAAAGGGCAUAAGUCAAAAGAAGACAUCACAUGUUCUGUGACGAAUUCUCAUCCGUUGACACCAGAAUCCAACGCACCCAGCAACCCUGCAAAUUUGUUGUUGGGGUGAGAAAGAGUAAUAAGAACGAAAGUGUGAGAGUGAGUUGACGAUGUCGACGGCAGCGGUGGGUGGUCCUACCGGCGGUGUGUUGGGUGCUAUGGGUGCUACGAGUACAAUUGCGAGUUAUGAAGAUAGUCUUGUGACGAGUCGAGAGGAUGAGAGCAACAGGCAACAGCAGCAGCAGCCAGAGAGACAAGACGAAGCGUGUCGCAACCUCUUGAAAGAAUUGUUUCCGAAAGGGUUAGUGUUUUGUGACCCAUUUGCUCCCGUGGGAGGCAAGCAAGGUCCCAUUCUAGAUGUGUUUUCAAGUACGGCUAGUUUGGAAGAAGAGGAUCAUGGGACGGGUACUGACACUGGUACGGGUACACACAACAGCAGUGGCCAUGGGGGAGUCCCUAGAAGUGUCAGCAUUACCUGCACUGUGCCACCUAUGUCAAGUGCUCGUCAGCUGGCAGAGCUACAAGGGCUACAUCGCGUAAAUGCAGAAACUGAAGAGGAGGUCAUGACUGCAAGAGAACCAGAAGAACCCAAGGCUCCAGCUUUUACUACUGGAGUUACUGCUUGUACACGUACUACUACAUGUAGCACUAGUAGGUCCAGGUCAGUAAGUGCUUUUGAGAAAUACCAAGACAAGACCAAGACAGGCAAUCCCAUGACGACUGUGCGUUGGCUGCUCGUGAUCUUUUUGCUGGUCGUGGUCGGCACGAUUUCCUCGUUGGAACAAUCAAGUCACCACGAGUCCACGUUUGUUGUCAGUGUAGCCGGGCAAAUCCACGAUCACUUGGUCGACCAGCACAUCAUGCCGUCUCAUCCGGCACGACGAGAUACUGGCAAGCACAAGAAGACUAUGCAACAGACCGAGAAGACGUUGCAAGAAGCACGGCUACCCCGUCGUCCAACCCCCUUUCGAAGAGUCCGGACGUUCUUGAAACGGGUGCGUGAGGAAGAAGACAACACGGUCGUCCAGGAAGUGGGUCGGAUGGUUGUCAAGUUUGUCAGGAACAUCCCCAGGCACACGAAGAACUUGGCGUCGACGGUAAACAGAGAAUUGCAAGAAGUAACCGCUGACUUGGCCUAACCAGCCAGAAAAGAAGAACGAGGGAUCAAUCAACCAUUAAAGAGGGUGUACGUACAUCAACGGAUUACAAUGAAUUGAGCAAGGGUGUAUACAUACAAAUACAUGUACCACUAGUAGUAGUCAUAAGAUAAAAAGGAAAGUACUACUGGU